AUGGCUUCUCCAACAGCCUAUCCUCCCGGCGCCGUGGCAAUAUGCCACGCAUCUCUUGUUAUGACACAGGUUCAUUAUGGCUGGGGUAUUCGAAAAGAGUCUGCCGCGACCACAGACAGUCGCAUGCUCAAGAUAGGGUAUGCGGCGGAAAUUCUCGCUAUUGUUGUUUUGGGUCUCUCGAAGAUCACCACCUGCAUUUUCUAUGGGACAUUAUUCUCCCAGAUGCAGCAUCGGUCCAACCGCAUCGCGUUCGCAGGAAUGAUAAUAUGGAUGGUUAUGGCUAUGCUUCUACUGGCAAUUCGCUGUAGUCAUGACCCAUGGUAUGAUAUCAGUGCAAAUCAGUGUGGAAGUCUGCUUUCGCGCUGGGAGGUUAUUACAACGAUCGAUAUCUUCACUGAAGUCGCUCUCUUCUUAUAUUCCGGACUGGCAAUCUACAAAGUUAAAAUACCAACAAAGAAGAAACUAAUAGUUUUUCUAGCUCUCGAGAGUCGAGUAAUACUCGUCCCACUCGCAGCGAUUCGCUUUUACUUCACCAAACGACAAAUCGAUUCCAAGUAUCCAAUUCUUCUUGGAGCCUUCGCAACCAUCACUACCGAAAUAUACCUUUCCUUCAGCGUCAUCUGCCUCGUGAGCGCAUUUAUAAAGUCGUUCCUCGCGGUCUACGAAGACAAGAACGGGCUUGCAUACACGGAGGGCGGUUCUGGGUUUGGAUCUAGUUCGAUCAAGCAUAGCUCAACAGCAACUGCUUCCAAUCCUCGGUCUCAUACAUCUCAGAGGUUACAGCGACUCAUAGGUCGAGAGGAAGAUGAAGAGCCAAUGAUUGAUCCUGUUCAAGGAUCCGGGGGACUUCAAAUUGUCAAGACAGUACGGCUAAGCUUGCAUAAUGAAUCUAUAGAGCUUGCAGAUCGCCGUGCGGAUACGAGACCGCAGGAUUAUCAUUGA